UAGGAUUGGAGAUGAGUUUGUUGGUUUUGCAUUCCUUUUGUGGAGUAAAGAAAGACAUAUCGACUGAACUCAAUAGGCUACCCAAACACCAAGUCCACUGAAAAUGUCUAAACUACAGUUGUUGAGUUUGUUUUUAAAUGAUCGUUUAACGCCGGCUGAUGUGGAUAUUUUUGGGGCAGUUGAGAAAACGGUAUUGAAAUACCAGGAGGAAAAUGCUCUGCUACGGAGACUGCUGCGGAUCACACCGGAGAUAAAACUAUGUAGAACAGACUCCCUGCAGGUCUCUGUCUCUGAAGAGGAGGUUCCCCCUGAGCAGCAGCACUGUGAGCAGGAGUGGAGCCCCAGUCUGGGACAGAAGGACCCAGAGACCAAACAGAUUAAAGAGGAAGACGAGGAUCUCAGGACCAGUCAGGAGGAAGAGCAGCUUCAAGGGCUCUUUGAUACCAAAGACUCCAUAUUCACUCCUUCCUGUGUGAAAAGUGAAUGUGAUCUGGAGAACCCAUGUCAAGAAGCCAUACUCGCUGAACACCCAACUCUCAGUCCACUGAAAACGUCUAAACUACAGUUGUUGAGUGUCUUUUUAAAUGAAUGUUUAACGGCAUCGGCUGCUGUGGAGAUUUUCGGUGCGAUUGAGGAAACAGUAGCAGAGUACCAGGAGGAGAAUGAUCUGCUACGGAGACUGCUGGGGAGGACACCAGAGAUACAACUAUGUAGAAUAGACUCCCUGCAGCCCUCUGUCUCUGAACAGGAGGUUCCCCCUGAGCAGCAGCACUGUGAGCAGGAGUGGAGCCCCAGUCUGGGACAGAAGGACCCAGAGACCAAACAGAUUAAAGAGGAACAGGAGGAAGUCAGGACCAGUCAGGAGGAAGAGCAGCUUCAAGGGCUCUUUGAUACCAAAGACUCCAUAUUCACUCCUUCCUAUGUAAAAAGUGCAUGUGAUCAGGAGGACCCACUUCAGUCCUUGACUCUUCCCCAAACCCAGACUGUGGAGAACAGAGAGAGAGACUCUAAACCAGUGGAUCUCACAACUUUUGUCACUGUGACCCACAUUAAGGGUCUCAACAUUCCCUGUGACCCUCCAGAUAAUCAAAACAAUGCCUCCAGCCACAGUUCAGCCGUAAGCAGCGACACAGUAGGACUUGACUACAGUCCACCAUUGGAUAAACACUGUUCCAAACCCAGCACCACAUCUAGAAAAACUCACAGCUGCCGUGACUGUGGUGAAUCUUUUGCUCUGAAAGCUGAUCUGCAGAAGCAUGUGACUCUCACCAAGAGACCCAGUGAAUGUGUCUUCUGCAAUAAACACUACAAAUCCACCUGUAAACUAAAGGCCCACGUCCGACUCUGUCACGGUGUGAAACCUUUCACCUGUCCCGUUUGUGGCAAGACCUUCAAACUAAAGAAAUAUCUGUCCAGACACAUCGGGAUGCACACAGGAGAGAGAUCAUUUAUCUGUGGUGACUGUGGGAAGAGCUUCUAUCGCAAGGAGAACCUAACUAUGCAUAUACGGACUCACACAGGGGAGAAAUUAUUUAUUUGUGGUGACUGUGGGAAAAGCUUCAGUAUCAAGAAUAACCUAACCAUGCAUAAACUGAUUCACACAGGAGAGAAACCAUUUAGUUGUGGUUACUGUGGGAAGAGCUUCAGUCAGAAGGGGGACCUAGGGAGGCAUAUAUUGAUUCACACAGGGGAGAAACCAUUUAGCUGUGAUGACUGUGAUAAAAGUUUCAGACACAAGGGGUCACUAACCAAACAUAUAUGGACUCACACAGGAGAGAAACCGUUUAGUUGUGGCGACUGUGGGAAAAACUUUUAUCGUAAGGAACACUUAACCGUGCAUCUACUGACUCACACAGGAGAGAAACCAUUUAUUUGUGGUGACUGUGGGAAAAGCUUUAAUCAGAAGGGGUCCCUUAAGGCACAUAUAUUGAUUCACACAGGGGAGAAAUUAUUUAUCUGUGGUGACUGUGGGAAAAGCUUCAGUCUGAAGAAGCACUUAACUGUGCAUAUCCUGACUCACACAGGGGAGAAACCAUUUAGCUGUGGUGACUGUGGGAAAAGCUUCAGUCAGAAGGCCCACCUAAAUAAUCAUAUCCGUACUCACACAGGAGAGAAACCAUUUAUCUGCUUUGACUGUGGAAAAAGCUUCAGUCAAAAGGGGGUCCUAGGGAGGCACAUACUGACUCACACAGGGGAGAAAUCAUUUAGCUGUUGUGACUGUGGGAAAAGUUUCAGUCUGAAGGACCACCUAAAUAAGCAUAUACUGACUCACACAGGAGAGAAACCAUUUAGCUGUUGUUACUGUGGUAAAAGCUUCAGUCAGAAGGGGGUCCUAGGGAGACACAUACGGACUCACACAGGAGAGAAACCAUUUAGCUGUGGAGACUGUGGGAAAAGCUUCAGUCAGAAAGUGGUCCUAGGGAGACACAUACGGAUUCACACAGGAGAGAAACCAUUUAGCUGUGGCGACUGUGGGAAAAUAUUUAGUGUCAAGAGAAACUUAAUCAAACACAUACGGAUUCACACAGGAGAGAAACAACAUGGCUGCUCAGUCUGUGAUAAAAUAUUCACUCAGAAGACUAAUCUGUUGAGGCAUGUCAAAAACAACCACAAAGAAAGUAAAUGAGGACACAGAGAG